GCCAGGAGUGCCGAGGCGUUGUCAACGGGUGACGUGACGAAACCAGCCUGCCAAUCAAGUUGACGUCUGCUACGGAGUGAGCCGCUAAAAUUUUUUACUAGAAUCGUUUCAGACAUUUGGCUACUUAUGAGAAGAGGUAACACAAUCCAAACGGUGUGAUCUACCUCGCUACAGGAGCAGCCGACUUCAGUAGUGCAUUACUGUGGACGGAGUGGGGCAAAUACUUAAUUCACUGUGACAUGUUUGGCAUCAAAAGAACAAAAGUUCAAUACUCGGCUCGUUGACAGUGAAACCAUCAAACAGUCCUAACUUUAGCCAUCUGAUUACAUUUCAACAUAAUUGUUUUCAUCGAGGUUUACCUUUUUUAUCUUUCGGAUAUAUGAAACUUACGUUUCUGGAUACUUUUAUUAAAACGUUUAUUCUAUUAGUGUGUGGAACGUUCAAUUCGUGUUGUAGAAGCUAACCUUUCUGUCAAUGGACAACAACAACAACAACAUAGAGGAAAUGUGUUUGGGUCUGCAUGGUUACCACUGAGAAUGAGAGAUGAGAAGAAAAAACGUGGCCUCCUAUGAAACGUGAGCCCUUUCUGUAAACUGCCGGUAAUCCUCUAAAAGAGGGAUUUACUCUGGUUAUUCAGUGGAUUAUAAAUGAAAUUGUUCCGAUGAUAUACCUUGCGAAAGGGAUUCGCCGCGAGAUCUGCUGCCACCCUAUCACCUUGAUGUGAGAGCUGGGUAUGUAAGUAUUCACCGUGUGUAAAGCGAUAGGAACUCUACCCUCCACCAUGUGGAUCUGCGGUCGGACUUCACGCAGCGCCUUGCUGCUUCAGCUUCACCUACUGCUCCUAGCCACGAUAUUCCUGGAGUAUGUGUGUGCGUCCAACUACAUCAAAAUGUUCGCGGGUCAGCAGGCCCCACCCGACCCCUGCUACGACGGAAAGGCACGGAGGUGCAUACCGGAUUUUGUGAACGCUGCCUUCGGGAAGGAAGUUGUGGCGUCCAGCACGUGCGGAUCACCGCCGAGUCGGUACUGCACGUCGAAUUCGGACAAAGAGGGAAAAGUGAUCAGGAAUUGUUUUAUUUGCGAUGCCAAUCACCCGAAACGACGACAUCACACCGGCUACCUCACGGACCUCAACAACCCCAACAACGUCACCUGUUGGAUGUCCGAACCAUUCGUACAAUACCCGAAGAAUGUGACGCUGAAAUUAGCGUUAAACAAAAAAUACGAAUUAACGUACAUCAGUUUGCAGUUUUGCUCGGCCCGUCCGGACUCUAUGGCCAUCUACAAGAGCGUCGACUACGGCAAAACGUGGAUACCCUUCCAGUACUACUCGAGUGAGUGUAAGAAGAUGUAUUCCAAGAACGCCGUGGCCGUUGUCACCAAGGCCAAUGAGCAGGAGGCGCUGUGUACGGAGGCCUACAGCAACAUAGACCCCCUCAGUGGGGCCAGGGUGGCCUUCAGCACUCUGGAAGGCCGUCCGUCUGCCUACGACUUCGACAACAGCCCCGUGCUGCAGGACUGGGUGACGGCCACGGAUAUCAUGAUAGUGUUCAACAAGCUCAACACGUACGGGGAUGAGGAGAAGGAUGAGGCGGGGGCCAGGGAGAGCUAUUACUACGCUCUGUCCGACUUCGCCGUCGGCGGACGUUGCAAGUGCAACGGGCACGCCUCUAGAUGCAUUCCAAACAGGGACGGAAGACUGAUGUGCGACUGUAAGCACAACACAGCGGGGUACGAUUGUGAAAAGUGCAAACCAUUCCAUUACGAUCGGCCUUGGGCCAGGGCCACCUCGAGAGAUGCGAACGAGUGUGUUGCAUGUAACUGCAACCUUCACGCUAGGCAGUGCAGGUUUAACAUGGAGCUGUACCAACUUUCGGGAUACAAGAGUGGCGGCGUGUGUCUUCGAUGCCGCCACAACACCGCCGGCAGGAACUGCCACUACUGCAAGGAGGGGUUCUACAGAGACCGUAGCAAAGCCAUGUCUCACCGCAAGGCUUGUAAAGCUUGCGAUUGCCAUCCUGUGGGAGCGCUAGGUAAAACCUGUAACCAGACAACAGGCCAGUGUCCGUGCAAAGAUGGCGUCACUGGUCUUACCUGCAACAGGUGUGCCAAGGGUUAUCAACAGAGCAAAUCCCCCAUCGCUCCAUGCAUAAAAAUUCCCAAACCAACGACCACUCGACCGCAGCCUAAACCAUCAGGUGACGGGGGAUGUCGCAAGUGUAAAAAACGAAGCAGAAGACUCAAUAUUAAGAAGUUCUGUAAGAGAGAUUUUGCUAUCCAGGCCCAAGUAGUUUCGCGUGAGAAGGUGGAAGACUGGGUCAAGUUUACCAUCAACGUGAUCAGUUUCUACAAGCAGAGCCGGGGCGACCGGACCCGUCGAGGAGAAACCUACCUGUGGGUUCCGAAGAAGGACCUCAAGUGCAAAUGUCCCAAGAUUCGACUCAGCCAGCGCUAUCUGAUUGUCGGCAAACUGAAGCGUAACGGAAACAGAAGCGGGUACAUCGUCGACCGGACAAGCAUUGUGAUACGCUGGAAGGACAAAUGGCAGAGGCGUCUGCGUCGGUUUGUGAAACACGAGCGAAGGGGAAAAUGUCGAAAGUGAAUGGCCGAUUUAAGACCAGAACCAGUCAACUAGGUAAAGAACCUAUUUAUGGAAGAUAACAGAAUAUUUAUACUAAAUUACGUGACAUUUUUCUGAGAGGGUGAAAAACACAUAUUACACCGUUUAAAUAAGUGGUUCACACGAUAUUCUGGUACUCUUCCAGAAUAUUACGUCAUCAUUUAGACUUUAAAUUCAGCAGUAGAGCCGUUCUGUCUAUUCUUGGAAGCUGGGUCACUGUUUUAGAAGAUAUUAGUGUACAACGAUUGUUAUGGUGUGAUAUGCGUAUAUCUGUAUUCAUCAUACCAAAUCUCAUAUUGGUAGACACCUAGAAAUAGAAGUUGUGACUUCAAUAACUUUACUAACAGUUUACUGUUCUGAGGGCAAACAAAGAACAGGGCAUCAUUCACGCCACUGACAAGUCUACUAAGUAGAUAUAGAAGUGAUGUCAUCACUUUACUAACAGUUCUACAUGUAGGCGUAGAAGUGAUGUCACUAUAAGAACAGAAAAAGAGACGUCAUUCGCUCUACUGACAGUUCUCCAAGUAGAAAGAGAAGUGACAUCAUUCGAUUUACUGACAAUUUUACAAGUAAAUUUAGAAAAUAUGAUGUCAUUCACUUUACUGAUAUGUCUAUAAAUAGGCCUAGAACCAAUGACAUCAUCCAGAUGAGUCUAAAAAUAGACUUACAAGAAGUGACGUCAUUAAUUUUACCGACAGUUCUAUAAAUCACUGGAGCCCAUCUGCCCAACAAGGGAAACAUUUGAGCAGAUAUCUCCAGUAUUUGAUGAAACUGUGGCUACCUAACCGUCACUGUGUUGAGCGUUUUCAUGUUUGUAUAUUUGGUAGCGGUGCAGCCAACGAUUUCAGUUUGUAGUUCAACGAGUGAUUAUUCACGCAUUAACUAUAAUAACGGUUUACCUCGAAAAUGUAUAUUUGCAUAUAAUGUUAUCUAUUUAUUGGUUGUGAAGUGACGCGUUUUUCUGUUUGCUGGUACAAGUUUGCGAACUUCGCUAAGAACAGACGAGAGGACAACAGCAUCAUUAUUCUGACUGAUGUUAAACGAGUCCAACAAUAUGCCUGUUUUGAAAGUGGAACACAAUUUUCAUUGGACGAGCUGGAGUCGAGAUGCCAAUGAUUGAAUAUGUUUGACUGAAUUUGAUUGGAUCAUCACAGAACCGGACAUUGAGUUUUUUGGUUGUUUAAAAAUGGCAAAUCAGUUAUAUUCUUUAUUUAAUGUUGGAAUGUAUCUUUAUUGACUUUGCUAACAUACCUCACAUAAUGGACUUUGGGAAGUACGCCCAGCUGAUAUUUGGGACAAUGCGUCUUUGAAAGUAUGAUCAUUGGAAAACAUAUAUUUUUACUCUUAUUACUUUUCGAAAUUAAAGGCACGGUCACACGGUAUUUGACUUACUAAAGGCAGAGUCACAUGAAUUGCCUGACAUGAAACAUACACGAUAUGCACGUUCCUUUUCAGCUAAAGCUUGCUACCAGAAAAUGUUUUACAAAUAUUACACAGAUAUCGUUAGCCCAAAAUUUUAUUCAUUCUGAUUUAUAGCAACAUAGCCAUAAUUUAUUAUAAACGAAAAUAUGUAGCUGAAUGAAUAAAAUACAAAUUAAAUGUAUAUUUUAUCAUAAUACUUUGCGUGUCAUUCAGUAACUCUGCUCUUUAAUAUUGAAAGUAUGGCUUGUGUAUAUCGUGAUACGAUUGAUGAUGCAGAUUGUAUACUGAAAGAAAGAAAUGAUGGAACAUAUGGUAUAAUGCACUAGUGACCACAUUUCAUUCACUGUUAGAGUCGUACUGUCUGUUCAAAAUAAAACGCUGUAUUGUUUGAUUGAAUGUCAGUAAUUAUCUAAGACUUGACUUUCUGACGCUGUGGGUGAAGGGUUUAGUUUCAGUUACUAUUCGCUGUUAUUAAUGGUGUGAACCAUCAUUUCUUACUAUCGGUAUACAUCACAAUAAUUGAGAAACAUAACGGUGUAUAUCUAGAGUAAAGUAAAGCUGCAACAGGCGCUUGUACAUUAAUUUUAGCAGGGGGUGGGUCUAGACUGGCGAGCUAAGUUUAUAGACAUCCUAAACCCACCCCCUGCACACGCGUCUGUGCAAUUAUCAUGUUUGCAAACACGCGGCGCUAUCACUAGUUUCAUAGUGAGUUAAGGCGUGUCAACACGGUGCAAAAUUUAAGAACGAUUUGUCUUAUGUGAUCGAUUUUUGUACGAUAAUAACGCAAAAAAUCGAAACGAUUUAAAACCAAUUAUUCGGGUAAGUGACACCGUGGUAACUACGAAACUAGACGUCAGUUGAGUGCAUUUCCGGUUUAAAGUUAAAAGAAAAAUCACGCUGAGGCCAGUAUACAUAGUUUGUACCAAUAUUGUUACAUGCAAAUGAGUAGUUAGUCGUAGUGGUCUAGAAAUAUACGACAAAGGUCCAUGCUUAUUAAACUGUGAAAGACCAGACUCUACUUUAGCAAAGAGGGUACACUUUCAGUUAGCCUACAUUCUUAAAAUGUAUAAGAAAGAUGUUUGGAAUAAGUUCACAUCUUAUUACAGUAUAAAUAAUAAUAUUGUACAGUUCUAGAAAGAAUCUGCCACGUUCUUUUAAAGGAGCCUAAUCAUAGAUGUAAGAUUCGUUAGAUGGUGCAUAUGGGUGUUUUGGCGGUUUCAAGUUUAAAAGGGGAGUACAUUUGGAAAUGAGGACAAAUUAAUAUUCAUAUCAUUGUUUUGAGAUAAUAAUUGUGUUUGUAUUUGUUUUUCAAUAUUUUAAUUAAAACCAGUGGGGUGGUUCUUGACUUCUGAUGAGACAGUCAUGAACGGUGCACAUUUGAUGGAAGAUCUAACACAUCUUAGAUAAGUUAAUAUAAAGACGCUCCAUUAAUGUUUUUAAAAUGUAUAUUAUAGUAAUUUCGUUCUUGCAUUUAUUGUCGUUAUUACGUAGGGACCGUGGUGUUCGUUUGGGCGUAGCGGGGACGGAGAGAGAAGGGCGUGGGGAUAUCCAGGGGCCGUGAACUUGGAGGGGGCGGGGAUAGGGUUCCCUCAGUAAUCCCUGAUAAUGAGUUCAAAAGGCAGGAAAUUCUGUAUUUGAACACUUGGAAAUUCAACAUUUUCUCGGUGGAGCAUUCCCCGGAACCCUUUUACACAGGUUAGGGGCCCUUCAGGCCCUCAAGUUCCCAUCUCCCGGGUGGCGUGACCCCUUUUACACAGGUUAGGGGCCCUUCAUGUCCUCAAGUUCCCAUCUCCCGGGUGGCGUGACCCCUUUUACACAGGUUAGGGGCCCUUCAUGCCCUCAAGUUUCCAUCUCCCGGGUGGCGUGACCCCUUUUACACAGGUUAGGGGCCCUUCAUGCCCUCAAGUUUCCAUCUCCCGGGUGGCGUGACCCCUUUUACACAGGUUAGGGGCCCUUCAUGCCCUCAAGUUUCCAUCUCCCGGGUGGCGUGACCCCUUUUACACAGGUUAGGGGCCCUUCGGGCCCUCAAGUUUCCAUCUCCCGGGUGGCGUGACCCCUUUUUCUUUAAAGUACACUCCGCAGGCUCUGGUACUAAGUACUAAGCAAGGGAAGAAAAACAGUUGAUGAAUUAUUAAUUGUGGCUUGGAAAAGGAAAGGGUGGGGGGAAAUGGAUAACCACCCACCCUUCCCCCAUUCCAGUGGCAGGUAUAUUGUGUUUUAAUCGGUUUAAAAACUUGAUAUUUGUUGGCGUGCAUAUAAAUCUGGUUUUUGUGUCCGUGUACAUGUUAUUUAUAUAUAUAAAGAAUCAACAACGGCGGAAUUUUGUGUAUAUUUCAGUUGUAUUAUUGACUAUUCCGCUAGAUCGUAGUCAACUUUCGUUUUCAGUUUUGCAUUUCGUAGAUCUCUGUCUUAGCCAUGUAAAUUCAGUUUUAAGACGCAUAGUUCGAAGAUGUGUUUUUUUGUUAAUAUAUAUGUACAGCUAGACAGUUGUUAGCGGAUGUAUUUGCAUAAUUCAGUGUCUUUUAGAUGUUAUUCAUUGUUAACCACAUACUUAAAGAUUUGUUGAAUAUUUUAUCAGUAUAUAUAGAAAUAAAAUAUGUAUGUAA